UUGUUACUUGAUUUUAAUUCUAAUUGUUACUAAUGAAAAGUUGACUUUAAUUGUGAUUUAAUUAAGUUAAUUCGUUAAUUAUAACCUGUGGUGAUCAACGGGGAUCGAUAAUUUUUCUUCCUAUUAAUUUGUGAUCAUGUUUAUUUCUACUUGAUAUUUGUUGGUGUUUCUAUUGGUGAUUAUGUCUCUCUUAUUGAAGAGACAGAUGAUUGUUUUUCUUUACUCAUUAUCCUGAUUGUUAAAUUUAAUUGGGAUAAUUAAGGCUUAUAAGUCUAAUUAUACUAUGAUUUUGGUAAAUAUGAAUUGACAAAUUUAAUCUGAUUGCCUAAAUUCAUAUUCCAAUUGAUGAUGAUCAGAAAGACCUAAAAACAAGGUAACCUAAUUUAGAUUGAUACACAAAUGAUGUUUCAUUUAAUAUCAGUGAUGGAUUAGAUGAUUUGGCGAGAUGCAAUCAACAAUUACGUUAAAAUUGAUUACAAUUCAGUGAACAAUUAACUGAGAUAACUAUUUCUCUUUUGGACAAUUUAUCUUAAUUGAUAAGCAACAAUCAACUGUUUUCCUCUCCUUUAUUUCCCUUCAUCGGCUUUUUUUUUCAUUUCAUUGGAAAAUCUCAUCUUUUUAAUUGUAUGAUAUGUCCAAAUUACGCAAGGAAAGAAUUGCAUCUAAUUUAAAUGAAGAAGAAGUCGCCGAAGCCAUGAGGAUGGCUAAUUAUGCUGAUAUCAUACGACAAUUAGAUCAUUUCUAUGGACAAGUUAAAAGGCAACUUCUGCAAUUCCAAUCACCAACUAGUGGAUUAUUUCCUCGAUUAUCAUCUGAACUACGUGAAGCUCAUGUUAGAGAUACUCUUUAUUGUUCAACUGCCAUUUGGGCUCUUUAUCAAGCUUACACUAAACGAAUCGACGAUGAUAAUGGUAAAGCUUACGAACUUGGUCAGUCUGUUGUUAAAUGUAUGCGAGGUAUUUUAUUUGCUUGGAUGAGACAAUCCAAGGAUAAGGUUGAAAUGUUCAAAACAAAUCAGAAUCCUGGUCAUGCGAUACACUCAAAAUUUGAUCUAAACACCGGUUUACCUUUAACCGAUUGUCCAAAUUAUGGUCAUCUUCAAAUCGACGUUGUCUCAUUAUACCUUCUUCUACUUGUACAAAUGAUUUCUUCUGGUCUUCAAAUAAUUUACACUAUGGAUGAAGUUAAUUUUGUUCAGAAUCUUGUCUAUUACGUUGAAAGAGCUUACAGAACUCCUGAUUUUGGUAUGUGGGAACGUGGAAGUAAAUAUAACGAUGGAACACCAGAAAUUCAUGCAUCUUCUAUUGGAAUGGCUAAAUCUGCAUUAGAAGCAAUUAAUGGAUGCAAUUUGUUUGGUGAAAAAGGUGCCUCAUGGAGUGUAAUUUAUGUCGAUAUUGAUGCUCACUCACGAAAUCGAAGUAUCUUUGAAACACUUUUACCUCGAGAGUCAAGUUCUAAAAAUACUGAUGCAAGUUUAAUUGCAACAAUUAGUUGGCCAUGUUUUGCAACACAUGAUCAACUACUUUACUCUAAUACAAAGAAGAAAAUUUUGAAAAAAUUGAAAGGACAUUAUGGAUUAAAGAGAUUUCUUCGUGAUGGAUAUGGUACAGUCUUUGAAGGAAAAGACAGGACGAGGCUAUACCGACCUGGCGAAACUCAACAAUACGAAAAUAUCGAAUGUGAAUGGCCUGUGAUGAUUUGUUUCCUUAUAAUUGAUGGUUUAUUUGCUAAUAAUAUUGAACAAGUUAACGAAUAUACUCAAAUGUUAAUGGAUAAAAUUGUUCAUCGUGAUCCUAUUUUUGGUGAUUACCUGAUACCUAAAUAUUUUUAUACUCCUCCUGAGUAUAUUGAUGCGGAAAAAGUUGAACCCAAUUCGAUGCCAAAAAUUGCUAGUCAAGAAGGAAGUGAUUACAGUAGCCUUUUUCUAAUGGGUCAAGCGCUUUUCAUCAUCACACAAUUAAUUUCUUCUGGCCUUUUACAUAUAAAUGAACUUGACCCCAUCCGAAGGUACAUGCCGAGCUACAGUAGACCCAAAAAAACGGGAAGAUACUCAGCGUUUCAGCGUAAAGCUUUUGGAACCGGGUGUGAUAUUGUUGUUCAAGUGGUUCUCAUAGCUGAAUCAAUGAGAUUACAAGCAAUGAUGGCAACAUACGGAAUUCAAACUCAAACUCCGCUCGAAGUUGAACCCGUUCAAAUUUGGCCUCCCUCUCAACUAGUCCAAGUUUAUGAGUUUUUAGGUGUUAAUAAAAAAUUGGGAUUAAAAGGUCGUCCCAGUCGUCCUAUUGGUGCAUUAGGGACUAGUAAAUUAUAUCGCAUUUGUGGUCAAACCAUUUUAUGUUAUCCAUUAAUUUUUGAGAUAUCAGAUUUUUAUCUAUCCCAUGAUAUGGCUCUUUUAAUUGAUGAUAUUAAAAAUGAUCUUCAUUUUGUCGGAAAAUAUUGGCGGAUGUCCGGUAGACCAACUGUUUGCCUGUUGAUACGUGAAGAGCAUCUUCGUGAUGUCCAUUUUCGUGAAAUGUUGGACCUAUUGGCACAAUUUAAAAAGGGAAUCCUUGACUCUUGUCUUAAAGUUAAAACUGGACGUUUACAAAAUUUAAUCAGUUCUUCUUGUAUUGAGCAUCUUGACUUUCUUCAUUUGUUACCAAGCGAUGCUCUUCCCAAACUUGAAUCCUUCCGUCAAUUGGAACACACUUAUAACAUUGGUUACCAAUCACUAGCUGAUAUACCGAAAGCUUUGGCUUAUAAUGAACCAAUGGAUGUAAAUAUUAGGAAAACGUAUGAAAAUUUACCCACAUGGCCCGAUAUCAUGGAAGCAUUGAAACAUAGUGAUACCCUUUAUGCUCAAAGUCAAUUACUUGGUAUAAUCUGGGAACGAGAAGGUCCUUAUUUUUGUUUACACGAUGGACACACAGUUAAGGAUAAGUUGGAACGUUUAAUGCGACAAGCUGGUGCUCUUCGACACUGGUCAGUGGUCAGAUAUUGUUCAUCUGUAUUGAAGAAAUUAGUUGAUUCUAUUUCACCUUAUAUCACUGCGAUUCUAGUCAAUGGUAAACAAAUUACUAUUGGUUCAUUUGGUGGACCAGAACAGAUAAUUGACCAUCCAUUAACACCCAAAGAGAUUCAUGCUCUUCUUUACUCAACCAUCCAAGAUCCAUAUGAAGCUGUUUUACAACAAGAGAUAACACUUUACAUUGGUCGUCUCAUGUCCACUAAUCCUCACCUUUUCCAUGGAAUUCUUAAAAUAAGAAUUGGUUCAGUAAUCGAGGCAAUCAAAUUGUACCUUGAUUUCAAAGGGGAGAAGCAAAAUAAACUUGAAGCUCUUGCCCCAAGUCAUUUAAGGAAAAUAUUAUACCGAUUGAUGACCGAUGAGAAUCUAUCCGUUCACGAGAAAAGACAAAUCGACGGAGCUUUUUGUCGAGUCCCUCGAAGUUUCUACGAUAAAAUAUGGGAAAUUCUUAAACGCAUACCUGGAGGCCUUAUUAUUUGUGGUGAACUAUUACCAUCCAAUCCGACAUUAUCAGAGAUGACACAACAUGAACUCAAUUUUGCUCUACUUGUUGAAAAACUUCUUGGAAAAAUAUCAACACCAGAAUAUCGUCAAAUUUUUGUCGAGGUUAUAAUAGUUUUGUACAUUGUCCUCGAAAGAAAUCCUGAAAUUUGUCUAAAUUCAAAAGUAUUUUUAGACAUUGACAAGAUCAUUUCUGAAUCCGUUCAAAAGUACAAAGAAACUGGUGAAAAAAGUCUCGAGGACUUUUACGCUGAAGAGCGAUCAGUAACCUCUUCUUACUUUGCUCGAACGAUAUUGGACAUUUUACUUAAAGUAUCAUCAUCUCAAUGCAACGUUAAUUGAAUACAAACCCACCAAUUAAACAAGUUCCGUGGACAUAAUUAUUAUCGCCAUAAUUACAAUCAAAUAAUGAUAAUUAUCACCCUUGCAAUAUCCCAUCCAAGUUUUUCCGUAAUCUUAAUUUAAUCUUAAGUUCAAUUAGUUAACUAAUUUGCACAUUUCCCCACCUUCCUUUUGAUUGUCCUCCUUUUUUUGAGUCGUUUUAUUUGCUCUGUUCGCAAUUUAAUUAUUGUAUUACAUAAAUAAGAGUUGAUUAUCAUUUUAACGUUUACCUGUACAAUUAAAAUUAAUAAUAAAUUUA